AACAUCGGGAAUGAAGGCUGACCAAUUUAUAUAUAAUCUGUGAAUAUGACGGAUUCUAUUCAAAUGUAUUACCUCCUGUUCACGAAAUGAUGCUCAAGUUUUUGAAUUUUGCUCUAAGCUCAGUUUUCGUGAUAGUGUUGGUAGAAUGUAAAUCACUACCAAAAUAUGUAAAAAAAUGUUCCCUGAAGAAUUCUGAGGAGUUCACAAAAUGUGCAGUAGAUGCUGGAAAUGCUGCGUUGCAACAGUUUGUACACGGUGACAAGAAUUAUAAAAUCCCAAACUUAGAUCCCCUGGAAAUUUCUUCACUUGAACUCAACACGGCAGGAUUAAAAUUAACCGUUUUAAAUGUAAUAGUUGAAGGAAUUCAGAAUUCAACAGUGAAAUCAGUUCGAUAUGAUGCAACUACGAAAAAGUUUUAUUUGGAUGUAUAUCUGGACAGAGUGACUGUACGAGGACAUUAUAAAGUAGAUGGAAAGAUUCUAGUUCUACCAAUUUCAGGUGAAGGAGAGGGAAGGUUGGAAUUCUUGGAUGGCGACUAUCACUAUAUAUUCGACUUUGAUCCAGUGAAGAAAAAUGGAAAAGAAACUAUCGAAGUGGAACAUCCUCAAUUGAAAACCAAAUUCGGUGGUGCUAAAUUCGAAUUGAGUAAUUUAUUCAACGGGAAUGAGAAAUUAGUCGUUGAAAUGAACCACUUUCUCAAUGAGAACUGGAGUGAUGUGGUCACUGAGUUCGAGAGUUUGAUAGUUGCACCAAUAAGAGGGAUUGUUUUCAAUGUUUUCAGAGGAAUAGUGAAUGAGUUGACUUACGCUGAAGUGUUCGAUGAUAUUCAAAAGUUGGUUCCUAGAAUCGUUAGUUACUUCUUCCACUCGCAAGAAUUCACCAUGUUGUUGAAAUCGGUCGUAUUGGUUUUUGCUAUAGUUUCAAUAGUGUCUAGGGUUGAAAGUAAAACUUUACCUAAAUACAUUCAAAAAUGUUCCCUUAGUGAUCCUGAUAAAUUUUCCAAAUGUGCUAUAGAAGUUGCGAAAAAAGCAUUGCCAAAUUUACUCACAGGAGAUAAAGAAUACAAGAUACAGACUCUGAAACCACUGAAAAUUUCACAACUGCAGUUGAGUGCCAAUGGUCUCAACUUGACUCUCAGCAACCAAUUAAUCUCAGGGAUUGAAACAGUGGACAUAAAAUCCAUCAAAUAUGAUAAGAAUUCUGGAAAAUUCACUCUGGAUAUGACUUUUGACUAUCUGAAGCUGGUAGGGCAGUAUUCCAUAGGGGGAAAAAUUUUAGUGCUUCCAGUUGCGGGAAAUGGUGAUGGAGUAUUGGAAUUCAAACAAUGUCAUUUGGUUUUAACUUUCGACUUAAAACCAGGAAACGGUGGCAAACUCAAGGUGGAAAACGAAAAUUUGGAAACCGAUUUUGGAGGUGCUCAUUUCCACAUGGACAAUCUGUUCAAUGGAGAUAAAAGAUUGGGUGAUGAACUGAAUAAAUUCUUGAACGAAAACUGGAAGGAAGUCAUAAGUGAAUUCCAGGAAUUGGUCAGGAGUCCAAUGAAAGCAAUUAUAAAGUCCGUCGCUGUUGGGAUAUUGGAAAAUUUAACACUUGAUGAAGCUUUUGCAGAUGCUUGAUGUUUAUAGUGAAAUUCCUUUUUAUGAAAUAAGUAUUUAAUGAAAUAUGUAUGUAUAUAGUAAAGUUUCUCUAUACGAA